AAUAUUAUUACAAUGUAAAAUUAUAGCAGCGAUGAAGAAAUCUCAUCUAUUCCAGAGGAUGAAUAUUAAGAUUAUGACAGGUAAGAUUUUGAAGCUAUCCAAUUUGCUGAUAACAAAUAAAAUAUAAGUGAAGCUGAUGAAGAAAAUGAUGAUGAAAAUGAGGAUGAUGAUAAAUAACAAGAUAACAAAUUAUAAAAAAAUGGGAUUAAGUUUAGAUUACCUUAAAGAAAUUAAAUUGAAAAUAAAAAGUCACAAUCCAACUUAAAUAAUCAAAAAGUUUUGACUGAAACUACAAAUUAAAUCAAAAACAUCAGCAAAAUUGAGAAUAGGCCUACCACUUCGAAUUCUUCGUCUUACAAACCUAUCUAUACUACAAGUAUUCAUUAAAGUUAAUAAAUGCAAAAAAAAUAUAAUUACAAAUAAAAAUCAUUUAAUACUUUACCAAAAAGAUCAGAUCCAGUUGCGAGAUAUUAAUAGAUGUCACAAUAAUGGAAGAAAACAAAGUUUUUAUAAAAUACAAAUGGAAUGAAGGAGGGCAGAAAACUGAAUUUAGAUACAAGAAUUGAAUAAUAGAAAUAAGAAUUAAAAGAUUCUGGAAUGUUUCAUAGAUACAUAGCAAAAUCGUAAUUAUUUUUGUGA